AUGAUAGAGUCUGUUAAAUCAGAAAUUUCAAAAAUAGAUUUUGAAAGUGUUUAUGACGAAGCUUAUUUAUUUUCAAAAAAAAUGAAAAAACAAUUUUCCAAUUUACACCUUCCUGAAGACAUCAUUGUUGAAGAUCAACUGCCAGCCUCUAGAGAAAAGUUCAGAGUAGACACUUAUAGAGUAAUAAUUGAUCAAAUAUUAAGCAGCCUAAAUCAAAGGGUUUCAAACAAUAGCAAUUUAAUUGCAGAUAUCCAGUAUUUAAUCCCAAAGAAUUUUAACCUUAUUGAAAAUAUGCCAAAUGAUGCUUUAACACAUAUAGCUGACCUAAUUAAUAUUAAAAAAGAAGAUUUAAAAAUGGAGUUACAAAAUUUUUCUAUAAUUUAUCCUAAUUUAACAACAUCAGUUUUGGAAAGAACUAAAUAUAUAUACAAAAACAGCACAACAAAUAUUAACAACAGUGAGAAGUCUAGUGAUGAAUCAUCAGCAGAAGUUAGUGAUGGAGAAAAUAUGAUUUCUGAUGUAUUUUGUAAUACAAAUAAAUGCAAAUUAUCCGAAUUUGAUGAAAUCCACAGUAAGCAGAGCUGCUUAAUUUGUGUAUAUAAAAUACUAUAUUCUCUAAACAUGCAUGUUUCUGCAUACAGUAAUUUAUGCACGGCAUAUGAAUAUUUUUUAACAUUGUCUGUAACCGAAGUUAACUGCGAGAGAACAUUCAGCAAACUUAAAAUUAUAAAAUCCCGUCUUCGUUCCAGCUUAAGUCAAGAAAACUUAGAAGCUCUUAUUAUCAUGUCAGUAGAGAGGCAACUACUUGAAGACAUAGAAAUAUCUGAAGUUAUAGAGUACCUGAAAAACAGCUCCAGUUUAAUGUACAAAAUGGUAUCUUAA